AUCGGAAGCAAGGAUUGAAAAACAGCGGGUUGAAACGGGUGGUCAAACUAAAUCCUACUUUAAAGGAAAAAUAAAAUCGGAGGCGGAAAUAUUUUCCGUCCGGGCCGUGUUAUCAUCCUUUAAUUCUAAACUUCACUCGUCUCCAGCGCACACCGAGAGAUGGCGGACAAAGAAGUGUAUGACGAUGCUGUGGAGGAGCGGGUCAUCAACGAGGAGUACAAAAUUUGGAAAAAGAACACGCCUUUUUUGUACGACCUGGUGAUGACGCAUGCGCUGGAGUGGCCAAGUCUCACCGUGCAGUGGCUUCCUGACGUCAACAGACCAGAGGGGAAAGACUAUGCUGUCCACAGACUGGUGCUGGGCACCCACACAUCAGAUGAGCAGAACCACCUGGUCAUCGCCAGCGUCCAGAUCCCAAAUGAUGAUGCACAGUUUGAUGCUUCCCACUACGACAGUGAAAAAGGAGCAGAAUUCGGAGGCUUUGGAUCAGUGAGUGGAAAAAUUGAAAUCGAGAUCAAGAUAAACCACGAGGGGGAGGUGAACCGAGCUCGCUACAUGCCCCAGAACCCUUGCAUCAUCGCCACAAAGACGCCCACCUCUGAUGUGCUGGUGUUUGACUACACCAAGCACCCCUCCAAGCCAGAUCCCAGUGGCGAGUGCAGCCCGGACCUGAGGCUGCGGGGCCACCAGAAGGAGGGGUACGGCCUGUCCUGGAACCCCAACCUGAGCGGCAACCUGCUGAGCGCCUCCGACGACCAUACAAUCUGCUUGUGGGACAUCAGCGGGGGUCCGAAGGAGGGUAAGAUUGUGGACGCAAAGACCAUCUUCACCGGGCACACGGCUGUGGUGGAGGACGUCUCCUGGCACCUUCUCCACGAGUCACUGUUUGGCUCUGUGGCAGAUGACCAAAAACUCAUGAUCUGGGACACACGCUCAAACAACACGUCCAAGCCCAGCCACUCUGUGGACGCCCACACGGCCGAGGUCAACUGCCUGUCCUUCAACCCCUACAGCGAGUUCAUCCUGGCCACCGGCUCGGCUGACAAGACUGUAGCUCUGUGGGAUCUGCGCAACCUGAAGCUGAAGCUCCAUUCGUUUGAGUCGCACAAGGACGAAAUCUUCCAGGUGCAAUGGUCCCCUCACAAUGAAACCAUUUUGGCUUCCAGUGGUACAGACAGAAGGCUCAACGUCUGGGAUUUAAGUAAAAUAGGGGAGGAGCAGUCAGCCGAGGACGCAGAGGACGGACCCCCUGAGCUCCUGUUCAUCCAUGGUGGACACACUGCAAAGAUAUCUGACUUCUCCUGGAACCCCAAUGAACCCUGGGUGAUCUGCUCUGUGUCAGAGGACAACAUCAUGCAAGUGUGGCAGAUGGCGGAGAAUAUCUACAAUGACGAGGAGCCCGACACCCCUGCUUCUGAGCUGGAGGGGCAGGGCUCGUAACCCCACCCCUGCCCUGCGGAGCUGUGCGUGGGAACUGGUGGGCCUUCUCUACCAGCCCAGCCAGCCCCCUGCAAAACCAUAGGAGUCCCAUUCUGUUGAACGGGCCAAUGCUGGACUAACAGGUGGCCAAGUUGUUUCUUUAACAGUUAAUUCCCCCCCAGUUUGUUUUGUGAAGUCCUCCUUUUGCCCUGUAUACACUGAGGUAUUCUAAAUAAGCAGUUAUUCUUUCCUUUUCAUAAAGUUACACUCGGUAAUUACAGGUUGCAGUUACACCGUUAUUUAAUGACAUUGGUAUUGCGACAGGCUCUGUUUAUUUUUAGUUCUGUCUAGAAUUAUGGCUGGAUGUUAUAAAGAGCACAUGGCAUAAUUACCUUUCUCCCCCUCAUGUAAUUAUUCAUUUU